CCCCCUUUCAUUCCCCUUAGCUUAAUUUCCCGAGUCGUUGCUCACCACUCAUUCUCUCCCUUCUCUCGCACUGAACCCUCUCCAGUCCCUUCCCAACAACAACAAACUCAACUCUCCCUCCCCCUCCCCCUCCUUCUCCGUCUUUUUCGUCUGCUAUCUCUCUUCUCUUUCUUUCCCCUUUCUUUGUUCAUCAGCUUCCAUGGGUUGAAGAAGAAAACUGGCUGCCUGGAUUGCUUUGUUAGAUAUUUAUGGAGUGGGAUAGUAAUUCCGAUCUGAGUGGGGAUGAAGACGAGGGCUUCCUGCUCAACGAUGGCGGCCCACUUCCUUUUCCUGUCCAAAACUUGCUCCAAACGGCUCCUUGUGGCUUUGUCGUCACCGAUGCCCUCGAGCCCGACCAUCCCAUCAUUUAUGUCAACACCGUCUUCGAGAUGGUUACGGGCUAUCGCGCUGAGGAGGUUCUUGGCCGCAAUUGCCGUUUCUUACAGUGUAGAGGACCAUUUGCAAAAAGACGGCAUCCAUUGGUGGACUCCACGGUAGUUUCAGAAAUUCGGAGAUGCCUUGAGGAGGGCAUUGAAUUCCACGGCGAGUUGUUGAACUUUAGAAAGGAUGGAUCUCCAUUGAUGAACAGACUGCGUCUUACUCCAAUAUAUGGAGAUGAUGAGACAAUCACUCAUGUUAUCGGGAUCCAGAUCUUCACAGAAGCAAACAUUGAUCUAGGUCCAGUGCCAGGAUCUUCAAUAAAGGAGUCUAUAAAGUCAUCUGACCGUUCUCAUUCUGGAUUUUCUGCUUUUCGGCCUGUCGUAGUUGGGGACCGAAAUGUCUGCCGUGGGGUUUGUGGGAUAUUGCAAUUAAGUGAUGAGGUACUGUCUCUCAAGAUACUUUCACGGCUGACACCAAGAGAUAUCGCAUCAGUUGGUUCUGUCUGUAGGCGACUUUAUGAGUUGACAAGCAAUGAGGAUCUUUGGAGAAUGGUUUGUCAAAAUGCAUGGGGAAGCGAGACUACCCGUAUUUUAGAGACAGUCCCUGGUGCAAAGAGACUUGGGUGGGGUCGGCUGGCAAGGGAAUUGACCACUCUCGAAGCAGCUGCUUGGAGGAAGCUAACUGUUGGAGGUGCUGUUGAACCUUCAAGGUGCAACUUUAGUGCCUGUGCUGUUGGGAAUCGGGUUGUACUUUUUGGUGGUGAAGGGGUAAACAUGCAACCGAUGAAUGACACCUUUGUACUGGAUCUAAAUUCCAGCAACCCAGAGUGGCAACAUGUCCAAGUGAGCUCUCCUCCUCCUGGUCGUUGGGGUCAUACACUUUCUUGUGUGAAUGGGUCUCAUCUGGUGGUAUUUGGAGGCUGUGGAAGGCAGGGCCUGCUCAAUGAUGUUUUUGUGCUUGAUUUGGAUGCAAAGCCUCCAACCUGGCGAGAGAUCUCUGGAUUGGCUCCUCCACUUCCUCGAUCAUGGCACAGCUCAUGCACACUUGACGGGACCAAGCUGAUAGUUUCUGGUGGUUGUGCCGAUUCAGGAGUACUUCUUAGUGACACUUUCCUGCUUGAUCUUUCAAUGGAGAAACCUGUCUGGAGAGAGAUUCCAGUAGCAUGGACCCCACCUUCUCGUUUGGGUCACACAUUGUCAGUAUAUGGUGGUCGGAAAAUAUUGAUGUUUGGAGGUCUUGCUAAGAGUGGUCCACUCCGGUUUCGUUCUAGUGAUGUAUUCACAAUGGAUUUAAGUGAGGAGGAACCAUGUUGGAGAUGUGUAACUGGGAGUGGAAUGCCUGGUGCUGGAAAUCCAGGCGGCAUAGCUCCACCUCCAAGACUUGAUCAUGUUGCUGUGAGCCUCCCUGGUGGAAGAAUUCUCAUCUUUGGUGGGUCUGUUGCUGGUCUUCACUCUGCUUCCCAACUUUAUCUCCUGGACCCAACUGAUGAAAAACCAACAUGGAGGAUAUUGAAUGUGCCUGGCCGACCCCCAAGGUUUGCUUGGGGGCAUAGUACUUGUGUAGUUGGCGGGACAAGGGCAAUAGUACUCGGUGGGCAAACAGGUGAAGAGUGGAUGCUAACUGAGCUCCAUGAACUAUCGCUGGCAAGUUCAGUUAUCUGAUUAGAGUCGUGGCUAAAAGAGGAUGUGCGAAAGGAAAGCUAUCUGUUGUAAAGGAGUUACGACUCACAACGAGUCCUCAACUCCAAGAUGAGAGAGAAUUCUGAGAAGUUGAUUGGUGAACAUCUUUGGGUCACUAGAAAAGAAAAGGGAAACAAAAAACAAAAGGAACUCUUGACAAACAUUCCUCUGGACAUGUUUUGACAUUUGUAAUAGGUGAUUGUCCCGUGAUGCAUAUUCUUGUAGGAGGGUUGUUCUGGCUCGGGAUAAAACUUUGAAAUGAGUGACUUGAACAUGUUUUGUUUUUUUUGGUAAGGUUUGUAUGAAGUGCCUGACAAUACUCACAAUGGAUUAUUCUUGGCUGUUAGGAUGGUAGUAUUUGAUAGACACGUAGGUAAUUUAUAUAUGUAGGUUGAAGUAGUUGUGCCCGAUCCGUUUAAUUGAUAUUUUGUAAGUAAUAAAAAAAAUGGGAGAAAGGGAUGUUGCAUAUUGCAUUA